AUGGAAGUGAAAGAGGAGAGUCAAGCUGAAGUGGAUGAGAAACAUCAGAUUGUAAAAAUAAACCAUAAUGUUUCACAGAAAGUAACUUUGAAGACAGAAGACAUAAAGUGUGAAAAUAGUUUCAGAGAAGAUGAACGCCCUGCAGAUCACAAGAGGACUCGCAGUGAGGAGAAACCUUUAACAUGUCAACAAUGUGGAAAGAGUUUUAGAACAAAAGAUAACCUUAAAGCACACAUGAUGAUUCACACUGGAGAGAAACGACACGUGUGCCAUCACUGUGAAAAGAGUUUUACAACUGCAGGUAACCUUAAGAAACAUUUGAGGAUUCACACUGGAGAGAAACCUUACACUUGUCAACGAUGUGGAAAGUGUUUCUCUUUUGUAAGUAACCUUAAGGUACACGCGAGGAUUCACACUGGAGAGAAACUAUUUGUGUGCCAAGAGUGUGGAAAGAGUUUUAUUACUGCAGCUGAACUUAAGGUACACAUGAGGUCUCACACUGGAGAGAAACCUUACACUUGUCAUCAAUGUGGAAAGAGUUUCUUUGCUAAAAGUUACCUUAAAAUACAUGCAAGAAUUCACACUGGAGAGAAACCUUACAGAUGCCAUGAAUGUGAAAAAUGUUUCAGAAGCAAAAGUAACCUGAUAACACACAAGAAAAUUCACAAAGGAGAGAAACUUCACACGUGUCUUCAGUGUGGAAAGUGUUUCAGUAUGGAGCAUCACCUUAAGAAACACAUGAUAACUCACAGUGAAAAGAAACCUCACGCAUGUUCUCAGUGUGAAAAGAGUUUCAUAGAUAAACGUGGACUUGAGGCUCACAUGAGAAGACACACUGGAGAGAAACCUUACAUAUGCUGUCAGUGUGAAAAAAGUUAUAUAAGUGAAAGAAAUCUUAAGACACACAUGAAAGUUCACCCUGAAGGAAAACCGUUCACUUGUCAACACUGUGAAAGGGGUUUUACAAUGAAAGCUCACCUUAAUGCACAUGUGAGAAUUCACACUGGAGAGAAACCAUUCACUUGUCAACACUGUGGAAAGAGUUUUACAGUAAAGGGUACCCUUAACACACACAUGAGAAUCCACACUCGAUAGAAACCAUUCAUGUGUCAACAGUGUGGAUAUGACAACAAAGCUUAGAAAUCAGCUGAGGUCUUAUUAAUAAAACUGUGCGUAGGAUCCUUACUAAAAGUCUACAUGCGCGCAAAUGCCCAAAAUGUCUGUACUUGUGUUCUUGUAGACUUGUAAAACGUCAUCAGUCACGACCCAAGUACUGCUCCAAUUCCAACUUUGCAUCGUGCCAAGUUCAAAUAACAUCCCCAGAUGUGUUCUUGAUCAGCUUAUUUUAUUGAGAAUGCAUCAGGAGGUGACUUGUGUGGACUUAUGACAGCCAAGUUUCCCAGAAUGCAUUUUGCAUCAGCGGCAAUGAAGCUUAAAACCUGCAAAAUAUUUGAAAUAUUACUCUUUCUGUGUCAUAAAAUGUAGCUGUUUAGUCAAGAAUAUAGAUGAAUAAACUACAAAUCUGUGGUCAGUUAGUAAAGAUAGUGCCUAUAUUAAAGAUUUUUGAUAUUUGAGAUCAAGGUGAUCAGCAGGCGGUCAGCGCCGUGUACACCACCGAGGGCAGCCUUAAUUUGUCAAGUCCUUCUAAAUAGGGCUGUCGCGGUUACCGCAUGACGGCGCUACUGACAAGCCCAACCGCAUGGAAAAAAAGCAACCGCAACAACCGCGCCUUUCACGUUAAAUUCAUGAAACUAUAUGCCGCCUUGUUUUUCACGUCAUGCUGACAUGUAUAUUAAAAGCCAAAUAGAUUGUCAAGAGUUAAGAGAGUAGGCCAAUUUGUUUUUCGUAAAUUUCAAUUAAAAAUGUAAUACUUCAUAUUUCGUUAAAUCAUAGUGAAUGUGUGAAAAAGUAAAACUGAGAUGACAGAAUAACUGUGGCGUCGUCUCCCUCUAGAUCCAGUUUUAAAGAUUAAAAGUACUUUAACUCUUUCACCACCAGCAUUUUUCAUGAUUUUCACAAAAGUUUAAUGCCUUCCAGAAAAUGCUCCUUUUUAAAUAUAUAAACAUAUAAUAUAUAAAAUAAAAGAACAGACCCUCUGCUUUCAAACAAAAAAAUCUGUUUCAUCCUACCUUCAUGUGUUCUGUUUUUAUCACCUCUCAAAUAUGUGUAGGUUUCGUCAAAAACAGCAAAUUUUGAGCAAAAAGCUGAGAUAAUUCCAUUUUUGUGAAGGACUUUUGAUAGAGAUCAGAUGCAGAGCGAUCUUUAAAACAUACACGGACUUACAGCUGUUUGCCCUAGGGCAAUACUUCCGGUUUUUAUAAGUUGCGGAAGAGGUGGAUAAUAGCGGUAUUGCAGAUUGACGAGAUAUCUCGUCAAUGGCGGGGAAAGAGUUAAUAUAACUGAUCAACCCAAAUGACGCCAAAAUAUAACUGGAUGCUUACCAGCAUUAAAACCUCAUAAAAAAGACCUUAUAGGUUUUUUCUUUGUGCAUCUGCAGCGUCCGCUCUGUGGAUGGAGCCAAUAUAACGCCGCGGUUGCUUUUCUGAACUGACUAACUGCACACUUGACUUUCACAUUUAAAUAUCCAAGUUUUUCAUCAACAGUAUCUGCGUGAAACAUUAUAAACACCGAUGAUCAUCUGCUGACUCGACUGUUUCAUCACAUCCUCUAUACACGGAGAGUCUGCUUUAUUAACGGCUUUUCCUUCGCUCCGCGUGAGCUAAACGUUUCUGCUUUUUGCUUUUUUACUCUCAUAUAAUUCUACAUAUUUUUGACAAAGGAAGACACAGGAUAUAAUGUAAGUUAUUAUAGAUAGCAUUUAAGCUUGUUCUGAAAUGAUGACAAAUCUUUGUGACUAAAUAUGACCUCUCCAGCUUAAUUUAGCCAAAAUAAUGAUACAUUCGUUUUCAUACUUUAUAUAUAAACGUUAAUUUAUCUACUAAUGUAUUAUUAAAAUGCCCUAAAUUAUUAUGCAUUGCCUUCUGUAUUGCAUUCGUUUUGUACAUUUACAGGUGCACAAAUACUGUCCAAUUUUAAUUUCUUUAAGACACUGCUGUGUUCUGUAUUUGCCGAUGCUCUGUUAAUUUGCGCUUAACAAGCCUAAAUGAUGUUCUUCAAUUUAUUUUAGUUUUCUCAAAAAUAUAUUUAGCUGUAGUAUAGCUUGUGUUAAUCUUUUUUUUCAUAAGGGGGAAUACCUGUAGCCUACCCUUCAUCUAUUAGUUGACCUCAUUGUUCUGGAUUUAAAAAAUAUUUUAUUUUAGUAAAUGAAGGCGGUAAAACCGCAUACCGCGCUGAUGAGCCACGCAAAAUCACCGCAAGGGAAAUUCCUUCACCGCGACAGCCCUACUUCUAAAAAGAUGCCGCUAGCUCAGUGCAGCUGCUCUGCCCUUCAGUGUCUGAUGGUCAAACAUGAAAUAUUCCCUUUUUGAUAUAUAGUGAGGAAAAUAAGUAUUUGAACACCCUGCUAUUUUGCAAGUUCUCCCACUUAGAAAUCAUGGAUGGGUCUGAAAUUGUCAUCGUAGGUCCAUGUCCACUGUGAGAGACAUAAUCUAAAAAAAAUCCAGAAAUCACAAUGUAUGAUUUUUUUAACUAUUUAUUUGUAUGAUACAGCUGCAAAAAAGUAUUUGAACAACUGAGAAAGUCAAUGUUAAUAUUUGGUACAGUAGCCUUUCUUUGGAAUGACAGAGGUCAAACGUUUCCUGUAUUUUUUCACUAGGUUUGCACACACUGCAGGAGGGAUUUUGGCCCACUCCUCCACACAGAUCUUCUCUAAAUCAGUCAAGUUUCUGGCCUGUUACUGAGAAAAACUUGAGCUCCUUCCAAAGAUUCUUAUUGGGUUUAGGUCUGGAGACUGGCUAGGCCAUGCCAGAACUUUGAUAUGCUUCUUACAGAGCCACUCCUUUGUUAUUCUGGCUGUGUGCUUCGGUCAUUCUCAUGUUGAAAGACCCGGCCUCGACCCAUCUUCAAUGCUCUAACUGAGGGAAGGAGGUUGUUCCCCAAAAUCUUGCAAUACAUUGCCCCGGUCAUCCUCUCCUUAAUACAGUGCAGUCGCCCUGUCCCAUGUGCAAAAAAAACACCCCCAAAGCAUGAUGCUACUACCCAUGUACUAUCUUGGGAUAGUACUCAUCAUUCCUGUUCUUCCAAACAUGUUUAGUGGAAUUAUGACCAAAAAGUUCUAUUUUGGUCUCAUCUGACCACACGACUUUGUCCCAUGACUCCUCUGGAUCAUCCAAAUGGUCAUUGGCAAACUUAAGACGGGCCUGGACAUGUGCUGAUUUAAGCAGGGGAACCUUCCAUGCCAUGCAUGAUUUCAAACCUCUACUUACAAUGAGGUCUUAGUGUAUUACCAACAGUUACUUUGGAAACUGUGGUCCCAGCUCAUUUCAGGUCAUAGACCAGCUCCUCUGUGUAGUUCUGGGCUGAUUUCUCACCUUUCUUAGGAUCAUUGAGACCCCACAAGGUGAGAUCUUGUAUGGAGCCCCAGUCCGAGGGAGAUUGACAGUCAUGUUUAGCUUUUUCCAUUUUUGAAUAAUGGCUCCAACAGUGGACCUUUUUUCACCAAGGUGCUUGGCAAUUUCCCCGUAGCCGUAGAGGUGUACAAUUUUGUCACUAGUGUCUUUGGACAGCUCUUUGGUCUUGGCCAUGUUAGUAGUUGGAUUCUUACUGAUUGUAUGGGGUGGACAGGUGUCUUUAUGCAGCUAACAACCUCAAACAGGUGCAUCUAAUCUAGGAUAAUAAAUGGAGUGGAGGUGGACAUUUUAAAGGCAGACUAACAGGGCCCGGUUCCCCAAAAUGCUCUUAUCGCUAAGUAGUUCUUAACCUAUUCCUUAACCUCUCUCUUAACUCUAUGACACGAUUCCAAAAACUUUCGUAGGCUAAGUAUAUCUUCUGUAAGUCACACUUUCGUAAGGUUGGUCUGGACCAUUCGUAAGCUAUCUCUUAGCGUUGUUUGUGCGCAAAACGCUAUCGCCGCAGUCUUUAGAAAUCAGCGCAGUGCAGUACAAGUCAAACUAUGGUAUGCUGACAAUGAUUUUAUGUUAUGGACAUUUUAAGACUUAUAAUAAAAUAUGUUUGCAGUGGAUACAGGGCUAUUUAUGCAGUUGACUUUAUUUUGUAUCAGAACUAAUCAAUAAGACGGCGCCGGUGUUGUGUCGAGAAUUGGUUAUGCUAAAAAGCCAUAAUAUCAUGUAUUCUAUUAUACAAUUUAUUAAAUAUUUCAUAUUUGACAGUUUUAUGUCUUUUAAUCUGUUUUUCCUUUUUUUCUCUCUACUUUUUGUUUUAAAACUGUUAUGUUUCCAUACAUAAUAAAUAUAUAUUAUACAUAUAAUAUGAUUCAUACUGUAAAAAUAAUUGACUUACAAUCAAGAACAAUCAAGAUACAUUACAUAAACAAACACACACACACACACACACACACACACACACACACACACACACACACACACACACACACACACACACACAUCUCAGUAGCCAAUAAAACUUUCAAUGUAUAUAAAGAAUAAAGAUAUAAUGUGAUAAAAACGCUAUAAAAACACUAAAUGGAAACAUAGGGGGAACAGACUUCCACACAACAUCGGUAACCCCGUAACCGUUUAGUCCAUGGCAAUUUUUUUAUUCGACAACACUUAAAACCUUUUGACAAUUUGCCUGACAUGGCUAAAUAAAUAAAAAAUUCGCCUCCUAAGGGAACUCAUUAUGGAGCUGCUGGAUCUUCUCAGACCAUAUUCUCUAUCUAACUCUCUCUGUUUAUUGUAGAUAGGUUGUUUUUUAUUGAAAACAUUAAUAGCAAUACCGCAUUAAACAGAAGUACUACAGCUGCUUGCCAAGUAAUUCUGAUUGUUAAGUACCUUACCAUUAGUAUCAAAGUGUGUUUUAUAAUUUUUUAAAGUCGUUUAACCCAUGUCAAGAAGCGGCACAAGUGGCACAACGGGAUAAGGAUGGUGGAUGAUAAGCGAAGUUCAUCUACCCAUAUUACUGACAAUUUGAUAAUUUAAUUAAUAGCCUAUAUUUUACGGAUAACUUAAACUAUGUUAAAAUAAAUGUUACUGGAAUAAUUUGUAUAGAGCGUGUUGUCUUUCUUAACGCCAUAAUGCACCUUCGCGUGAAGUGGAAAUCGAUCCCUGAGUGAUCGAUCGCAAAUAAUUCAGCACCUUUACUUGGGACAGCGCCAUUGUUACGUCGAACUUAGAGGCAGCGUGUUAAGAAGCUUCCUAAGAGACACUUCGGGGAACACACUUAGGAACAAACAACUUUGGUAAGAUAUACCUUUCGAGUCUACUUAGCGCGCUAAGAGUGAGCGUUAUCGGGGAACUGGGCCCUGGUCUUUGAGGGGCAGAAUUCUAGCUGACAGACAGGUGUUCAAAUACUUAUUUGCAGCUGUAUCAUACAAAUAAAAAAAUAUAUAUACAUUGUAAUUUUUUUUUAUUUUUUUUUAGAUUAUGUCUCUCACAGUGGACAUGCACCUACUAGGGAUGGGCAUUUUCCAGUAAUUUACUAUUCGAAUAUUUAAGCUCAUAAAGAACGCAUAUUCAUUUAUUUAAAUUAUGUUAAUUAAGACAUGUGUCUCUUGUAUUUUUCAUUUUGUCAUAAUUUCACAGAAGGCUUAUAAUUAGGAAAUAUCCACAACAAGCUAAACUUAAAGUCGCCAUGAAACGGAAGUAUCGAUCGCCUUAUUUUCCCCGUGGUGACGUAUAUCCGAAUGAAACGGCUUUUGAGAUGAAAUAAGGCAGGGCUGGAUUUGAAUUUGUCCAUCGAGAUCUGAUUGGAUCGUUUGAAGUUGGGUUGUGUUGCUAAUUGCUAAUCGCUGCGAUCUUCUCCCAGACCCCGCCCACCUGCCAUACUUAUGACCGGAAGUGAAGAGAGAUCGUAUUGAGGAGGGGAGGAGAUUUGCAUUUUUGAUAAAAGAUUAUGAGCACACACGAAUUUUUUAAAAAUAAUGAAGCUCACAGAUAAGUCAUUUGUUAAAAAUACCACAAUAUUAAAAAAAUAUAUAUAGUUUUUCAUUUCAAUUUCAUUGCGACUUUAAAUUCUGUAUGUUUAUAUAUGUAUGUAUUUUUAAGUUGAAAACAUUGUAAAAAAUAUAUAUUUUUUAAAUUCUUCUUAAAAAAUAUCCUACAGAAAAAAAGCCGUUAAAACCCCAUGCGGAGCGAAGUCUGAGUCAAAUCCUUAGUUUCAAGUCGUUUCGGUCGUUAGUAUGAAUUCAUUACUGUUUGAUCUUAUAUACAUUAUAUUAUACCAAAUAUUAUACACUAACCCCAAAUCUAAGCGAAGUUUGAGGACUUGCGAAGUUUAACGUUUGAGGACUUGACAAAGUAGGCUAUCAUCAUUUAAACGGACUCAAAACACCAAAUAAGAGCCCUGAGCAAACGAAAAAACACAUCUACAUAACCGACUGCUUAAUCGCCAUAUAAAUAUCUUCUCAGUUUAGUUUGACAUGUAUUUGUGAAUAAAGAAAACCCUAUUUAUUCUACCUGCUUCGGUGAAAGCCCGUUCUUCUGACUAGAUACAAUAAUGCCGGUGCUGCGGAGAAAACUCUUCCUCGUGAUGAUGGUUAUCCGAUAAAAACAACAGACGGAUUGAACAAGAUUGAAUGUCUGUAUUUAACAUUCUUUUACAACGUAAGCUGGCUCGAUACAUUAUUGUUGACUGUGCAAAGUUACUAACAUUAGCUUAAUUUAACAACAUUUCACAAAGACAGAGCUUUGCUUUUAAACUGCCAUGUGCAGUUAUCCGGUUCAUUUUCGAAAGAGCACCGCAUAUAAUAAAUGUUCUCCAUUUCAUUUCGUUCUCCGUGUCUGUCUCGUUAUUAACAAAAUAAAGUAGACUUUAUAACAGAAAGCUUACAAAUCUCUCAUGAUGCGGGCGGUGGAGAAACACGUUUAAUAACACGUGAGCCCUCACUGAGCCAGUGGCCAAAUACGGACAAACCCGGAGAUAAAAGGAAAAACUUAAAGGAACAGUAUGUAAGAAAUUUAUAUCAAUUAAUCAUAAAAUGGCGCUGAUAUGUCACUAGAUAUUAAGAAAUAAUUUUCAUUUCAAAUACUUAAAUCACUGACAACAGUGGUCUGGCCAGGAUAUUGUCAUUUAAAAAGUGGAGUUGCAGCCCUCAACUGAUGUUUAUGUUGUCAUUUUGUCUAUUGGCCACCAGUCGUGUGAUUGCAGUACCAGUUUUAGCCACAAGUUUUGAGAUUGCAAUACCAGUUUUGGCCACAAUCCUACAUACUGUUCCUUUAAAUUCGUCUGCAAUCUGCAUUGCCAAACAAUCAGACAUACGAAUUAAUGUUCAUGUAUAUCUUACAUUUAAGUAAGUAAAAGACAUUAUAGAUGAAGUGAAAAAGCAUUAAAUAAGUCGUAACCCUUUAGUGGCACAUUAAAAACAAACAAACAUUCGAAUAGCAUUUUUUAAAUUCGAAUUAUUAUUGCCGAUCGAAUAUUCGAAUAUCCGUGCCCAUCCCUAGCACCUACGAUGACAAUUUCAGACCCCUCCAUGAUUUCUAAGUGGAAGAACUUAUAGCAGGGUGUUCAAAUACUUAUUUUCCUCACUGUAGAUAGAUUUUUUAGAGGAGUUAUUUCCUCUGAUAUUGUAUUAAAGGAGCAUUUCACCCGUAGAAACAUUCAUCUUUAUUGAAAGUGUGUCAUAUUUGUAGGUGAAAUUAACAUGCAUAUAGAAUUUGGUGCCUAUUUGACCGAGAAAAGGGCUGUUUGUAGUCUCACUCCCUCAACAAAAAUAUAGCACUUCCUUCUUUCAAUGAUGCAAAAUUAUGCUUUUUACAUCAUUGAAAGAAGGAAGUGCAACACUGAAAUCUGUAUUUCUCCUGUCUCAGCGGCAACAGAGGAAAUGAUGCACGACCAUUCAAAAAAAUGACUGGGGUUCUAACUAUACAAAGCUUAAUGCAAAUGGAUGAAGUGUCCCUUUAAAAGUUGUUGUUGUUAUUAUUAUUGAAUAGUAUUUACAUUAUUUUCAUUUUAUUAUUAUUGUAUACCUGAGGCUUAAUUGUAAAACUGUGUGACAACUAACCCUGCUGUGUAAAAAUGUUUUCAAUCCCAGCUAUCAGUUAUUAGGAGUUGCUAACAUGUCUCAGAAUUGUUUUAGGUAACAAGACUGUGAUUAAAACUUGGAUAAAUAAAAAUCUUGCAGCAUAAUUUUGUUUAAAACAUCAAGAUUUAAUGCAAUUUCAUAAUAAUGAUGUUUAUUAUGCGUUUGUGUUUCUUAAUGAAAGAAUCUGUCUGUAGGAGCCAUGUUAAGAGUAUGUCAUGUGACCGGGGGAGAAUAAAGGCGUCAUUAAUUAUGUAGGGUUAAAAUACCUGUGUAGCUUUGGAAACAUGGGCUAAGGGCAGGAGCACAUCUUUUUUUGGUUUACCACAUAAUCUUAUAAUCAUUGUGUAAUUGUAUAUUCAUUCAGAUGCUACUUCACUGUUAUUCUGUACAAUAUUGAAACAAUCUUCAAAUGGAUGAAGAAUAAACAGCAAACUGCAAGGAUGAUUGACGUGUCGGUGUCACAAUUUUAUUGCUUCCCACUAAUACAGUGCCACUACAGAAUCAAUUAAAGUUCUACUUACAAUUAAAGGUCACGUUCUUUCUGAUCCCAUUUUUUAAACCCUAGUUAGUGUGUAAUGUUGCUAUAAUAGCAUAAACAAUACCUGUAAAAUGAUAAAGCUCAAAGUUCACUGCCAGGCGAUAUAUUUUUCAAAGCCUACAGCGAACGGCCGGUUUGGACUAUAGCCCUCAACUUCCUGCUUUAAUGAUGUCUGUUUUUUGACUAAACUCCGCCCACAGGAAUGUCAGUCGCCAGCUAAGCUAACUGCAAGCUAAGCUGCUAUCGAAUCACAACACACUAAAUAACCUGAACAAUCAGAACUCGAUACGUAUUGCUGAAGGAGGGACUUCAUAGAACAAGGAAGACAUCAGCCCGUCUUUAGGACACUGAAAAUAGCGGGAUAGAGAGAAGUUGUUUGAAAAAUACCGUGUUUUUGAACACAUGUUAUAUUGUGCACUGUAAACACAAUCAAAGCUUCAAAAACACAGAAAGAACGUGACUUUUAAAUAAAUCAAGACGUUAUUUUUAACAUUUGUAUUACCCUGCAUGCAUGUCUGCUUAUAACCAAAAAAUAUGUUUAUUUAUGUUUGUAUAUGGUACAGUUUUUGUACAUUUACCCAAAUUUCCAAAAAAAAUCCCCCUAAAUUCCUGUAAAGUUUCUAACUUAGAGAAUAUAAAAAAAUUCCCCAGAUUAAGUUCCCAUGGAGAAUUUCUUAAAAUUUACUAGAAAUUUUCCACUCCUUAGCAAACCUAUUUGAAAUUUUAUACGAUUUUUGUCAAUGAUUCUGUCAGUAAUUUAAAUAUUUUUCUCUAUUGUUUUCUCUGGUCAUUUCAUUCAGGCUGAGCACACUUUGUGCCGCCAGCACAGAAAUGUUUCACAUGGAGCUAUA